AUGACAAGAGUGACAAAAAUCGAACUUCUUAUGCAAAACAGGAAGAGAUCACCUACGCCAUCGAAAACAUACAACCCAUUCUCAUUCAUCCCCUUUAGCAGCACUGCCCCUUAUGGUUACGCUUUUUGUAAAUCUGACAAUAGACUGUACCAUUACCACAAUUUCUUGGAGGCUGUUGAGGACGACGAUUAUUGUCUGCUUGCAGACGACGAGGAAGAACUGAUAAUUAUAUGGGCCUAUGAGUAUUCAAAGACACCGAGAAGAGUAAAACCACCACCACCACCGGCAAACGAUGAAUUCAAAUGGGGACCUACACCAGCUAUGUUAUUCAAUCAAUCUCCUUCUUCAAGGAUUCCGGUAGAUUUUAGUCCACCACUAAUCGCCAUGGUUGUUAUUGUAAUCACAGCUUUUGUAAUCGUUACUUACUUCCGUUUAAUCUCACGUCAUUUACUUCCUCCAAUAAUUCAUCUUCUUCGUAAAUGGAGAAUCCGUUGGCGAUUAUAUCGCCAUCGUCGGAGAUCUUAUAAUCCAGAUAUUGAAUCAUCAUUUUCACCUCCAUCAGAUUCUGCUUUUCAUUACUUAUCAUCAUAUGGUCUUGAUGAUUCUUUAAUCAAAACUAUUCCUCUUUCAAUUUAUUCAGCAAAAACAAAAACCAAAUCGAUUCUUGAUUGUGCUGUUUGUCUUCUUGAAUUUGAAGAAAAUGAUUAUAUUCGAACACUUCCGAUUUGUUCACAUUCGUUUCAUGUUGAUUGCAUUGAUAUUUGGCUUAGAUCUCAUGCUAAUUGUCCUCUUUGCCGUGGUGGAAUUUUUCCACCGCAACAGCUUAAUUCAUCAUCGCCUUUUAUUCCAUUAAUGGCUUCAAGAAUCAGACCUAGAAUCGAAGAUAUUGAUAUUCUUGAAAGUAUUCUUUCCGAAUCAAGAAACUAUGAAAAUUCAAAUUCAUCUGUCUGUGAAAUUCGAAAUGAUUCUUUUGAUCAUCAUUGUCAUCGAGAUUCAGCGACGUCACCUGGUAGAAUCAUUAACGAAAUCGACUUUAAUUCUAACAAUAAUAAUAACCGAAACUUCUUAUUAAAACGAUCUUAUUCGUUUGGGUUCGAGAGGAAUUUGUUACCCUCUUCUGAUAAUCGAUUACUUAGUGAAACAGCCACAACAUCAUCACCGUGGAGAAGAAGUUUCUGGAGUAAAAGAACAACAUCACCGUUUAGUUGUACAACAGUUUCAUCGAAAUCUAGAGUUUUCUCAUUACGUUACUACAGAGGAGGAAUUAAAUCACCAUUCUUCCGACGGAGUCGAGGAUCGUCGUCGUUCUUUCCUCUAUCAGAAUCUAACUUCCAGUACGGCGGCGGUGGAGGUGGAUAUUCUUCGCGGCGGAGUAAAUCGAUGACGAGUCCGUUUUUCAUGAGAUCGUCGGCGGCUCAGCCAUCGAGUCGGUUGAGAUGCGGUGAUCCGGAAGCUCUGUUAUCACCGGAGAGAUUGAGUAGACGGUAG